CCUGCCUUCGUAACCAAGUAGACGUUUGUACAUGGACUGUGUAUGCCGUCGCUGCUAAGCGUAAUAUCCCGAGGGACUUUAGUUUCGCCUAGCGCGUAGUGGGGCUCCGAUCUCUCACCGCACGUACGUACGUACGUACGUUAUACGCACGCACGUAUGCUCGCUCGUCGUCUGGUAAUACGACUGCCCGCGUUGCCCAGUCAAUGUUAUACUGUCGUUGACAACAGUCGCGGACUCGAGUUUCGCUCUCCGCUUUGAUAAGCGCGCGUUCAUUUUGCCGUCCGCGAGGGUGGUGGACGUCUCCCAGGCUCUCGCCUCCGUUCACGAUACAGACAUACCAAGUUCGACGAACUCUACUAGCCGGAGGAGAGCACUGGACGACGCGCGAUGUCGUUCCUAUAUCGGAUACCCGCGACGAUACUCGCGAGUAUUUCGUAAGAAACGCGGGCAAACAUCGCCACAAGUUGGGUCCACCACUUUGACCAUCGCAACGCAUGACGUAUACAAUCUCUUCCGGUACACACGCGCGUUGUGACGCAUGAGCAAACGCCGCGUUUAGUGCGAACAGUUUAAGAUAAUUACCAGCCCGAGAGCAGUUCAGGAUAAAGAGACAAGAUUGACAGUCUAGGGUAAAAACGAGUUUGAGGUAAACUUGUUUGGCAUUUUGCGUGAUUGCGUUUGAUGAGGUAAUUCUUGCACGAGUUACCCGAUUCGGUAGUUACUACGAGAACUCUGGUGGCCAUGCUUGAUGAUUUGCAACAUAAUAUGCCUUGAUGUGCUAACAUUAUUCCCCAUCUCAACUCAACGACGCUCCCUGGCCGACCUGAGUCGAUUCGACGUUGAUCUAUAAUGUCAGCCGGAUAUUUGAAACGGUUGCACUGAUGAUGCGAAAACAGAAUACUUGACACCGGUCCGUCUGCUGAAACAAGCGAACGGCAAACGGGUUAAAAGGCAUGCUUUUCUACGAUGGAGCAGCUGCCCUCCAGUCGUGACAAUAAGUCCAAAGUAUUCUCGACUGGCACCACCCACGUGGCUCUCGGCACGAGGCAGCAGCCGCUGUCUCCCACAGCGUUCCAUCCCAUAAAGAUAAAGCAACGCGUUUCGACUUUACACGAGGGAAGGAAUUGUAACAGACUCGGAGUGGACUAAUGCGUUUUGCUGCGUAACGCAAUAAGAGUGCUUUUCAUCCGGCUCCACGCUCCAUUGCCUAAUAAAUAGAAUAAUUUAGUAAACUUCCAGGACACGGAGGCAGAGAAGGCAAUAAUGGGUUCCAUCGUGUAUUGUAUACAUCACAAGGACGGUUGUAAGUGGUCGGACGAACUGAGGAAGUUGAAGGCGCACUUGAACACGUGUAAACACGAUGCGGUGCCCUGCGGAAAUAAAUGCGGAGCGAUGAUUCCUCGUGUGCUGAUGGAGGACCAUCUGAAGUACACCUGCGCCCAGCGCAGGGCUCGUUGCGACUUUUGUGCCAAAGAAUUCACCGGACACACUCUAGAGAAACACACGGGAACGUGCGGCUACGAGCCGUUGUAUUGCGAGAACAAGUGCGGUAUGAAGGUGCAGAGGCGGCACCUCGGCCAGCACAAGCUGGGGGAGUGCGCCAAGAGGCUGGUCGCCUGUCGUUACUGUAAUAAAGAAUUCGUUUUCGAUACGCUCGGUGCUCACCACGCGAAAUGCGGCCGGUUCCCGGUUGCGUGUCCCCAUCGUUGCGAAACCGCUGUGCUACCUCGAGAGGAUCUCGAGGUUCACCUGAAGGAUCAUUGCACCACGCAUCUACUUUCUUGUACAUUCAAGGACGCCGGUUGUCGCUUCAAGGGAAACAGAUUUUCGCUGGAUAAACAUUUAGAGGAGUCCGCGAAGAUGCAUCUAAGUCUUAUGUGUAGCCUCGUAACGAAACAACAGCAUCAAAUAACCAGUCUCAAAUCGGCCAUCAGCAAACUAUCAUUAAAUUAUACGGGCACGCUUAUAUGGAAGAUCACGGAUUACGCUGCCAAGAUGUCGGAAGCGAAAGCGAAGGAAGGAAUGGAGCUCGUCAGUCCGCCUUUCUACACUAGUCAAUACGGAUACAAGUUACAGGCUUCGAUUUUCUUGAACGGGAACGGCACCGGGGAGGGCAGCCACAUCUCGAUAUACAUAAAAAUUCUACCCGGCGAAUACGACGCGCUCUUACGAUGGCCGUUCUCGCACAGCGUGUCGUUCACGAUGUUCGAUCAGACGGUUGUCGCGGAGAAGGCGUGCAAUAUCGUAGAGAGCUUCAUACCGGACCCGACAUGGAAAAACUUUCAGCGGCCAAGCCGCGAGCCGGACUCUCUCGGUUUCGGCUUCCCUCGAUUCGUCUCCCACGAAAUGGUGAAGAAGCGACACUUCGUCAAAGAUGACACCAUGUUCAUUCGAGUUAAGGUGGAUCCUAGCAAGAUUGUAGCCGUUUAAAGAGACGCGUCAAUGAUGGAUUGUAUACGCGCAAUACUUCUAAAACGUUACGUUUUUGGAUUCUAUGUGAUAUCUCCAAGUACUUGAGCAUACGGUACUUACUUCGCCUUAAAUAAUGUGCGGUGUUUCAAUCGGGUUAAAAAAAACAAAACUAGAGAACUACGUCAAAACAGGUUCCGUCUCAAUUGUAUACUUGCCUAUUGUGAGAUAUUGCCGGUAUAACUGUAGGUUUAAUAAUUUAUUAUGACACUGCCAAACACGAUGCAUCUACUUUGCUAAUUUUUCUCAACUACUUAUUUUGUUCGAUCCGUUUGAUGCGUAGAAAAAUGUUUUUGUUCUCUGAAAGCGAUUUAAAUUCAGAAUAUCCUAUCAAUUUUCAAGCAACCGAGGUUCUUUGAUCUUUCCAAGCGGCCUUACACGAUAGGGUAAGUUAUUCUUAGGGAGAAAAAAAUCAAAGAUUGUUAAGGAACUGUACAUUAGACGCUUAAGGAAUGUAAAUAUAAAUGGAAUGCCAUACGAUAAUGGACCGACGAGCAAAAGUAAUCGAACAAUUCACCGAUGUAAAUAUGCACUUAUGUCUAGUUAUAACGAAAAAAUGUGAUCGAAAUAUGCUAGUAAUACGAAAUGUCUUCAAAGUAUAAGCUGACUAAUAAUAAAACUAUUGUAUAAUCAUACGCAA